CGAAGAAACAAUAAAUGUAACCACAUGAAAACGGGACUUUCAUACAAACCAUAAAAAUAUGGGAAAUAUACUACAAAAUGCUUUCUAUUCCGGAAUGGCUUAUACAAUUAUCGGUUUAUUAUGUUUUAUUCUACUCAUUUACGUAACGCUUCGUAUUUAUAAUUGGAUAAAGGAUUCCAAAUGCUUCGGAGAUUGCAAUCAUCUUCAUACUUAUUUGAAAUUUUUAUUAAAAUUAAGAACGAAGAAAAUUGGACUCGACUGCUUUAUAGAUGAAACAUUCCUUUACCGGAGAUGUAAAGGAUACAUCUCUAUAAAUUUGAUUUUUACAAAAUGGAUACUUGUAUUCCGUCCAGAAUAUAUAAAAAUGUUGUUGGAUGAUGACGAAAAUAUUAAUAGGCCUUUAAUGAAAUACGCGCAGAAAGGUUUAGCGGCAGAUUCAUUGCUAUUCAGGAAUGGAGAAAAGUGGAGAAUUAGAAAGAAGUUACUCGCUCCAACAUUUAAUCAAAAGACUCUUGAUAAAUUUCAGUCAGUUAUUGAUGAAAAUGCAAAAAGAUUUGUAGACGAAUUAAAAGAAAGUUGUGGCAAAGAAUGGACACCAGUUUUUCCAAUUAUAAGGAAACACGUUUUCUCUAUUCUUCUUGGGACUAUAAUAGGAAUUUCAAGAAAGUCGAAAUAUUUCGGCAUGUAUUCUACUUUUAUGGAAUUAGAUGAAGUAAUGGGGUCGAGUCUGGUAAGAAGAAUUUUUAAUGUAUUUUUAUGGUCAAAUACCAUUUUUUCGCUUACAAAAUACGGGCGUAAAUAUAAUAAAUGUAAAAGAACUGCCAGGGAACUUGUGAAGGACAUUGUUAUGGAACGACUCCAAGAACUGAAUACGCAGGAUUUAGACGAAAAUGAUAGGUUAUCGUGUACUGAUUUGCUUCUGUUAUCUUUGAACAAAAAUCCAGAUGUUACCAUGAAAAAUGUCAUCGAUGACAUUGUGGUUUUUCUAGUAGCAGGCUAUCAUACAUUUUCCAUAACAUUAGCCUGGGCUAUAUACGAACUAGGAAGAUAUCCGAAUAUACAAAGGAAAAUUCAGAAUGAGUUGGACGAAAUAUUUCGAGACGAUCCAAACAGAAGUACGACAAAAGAAGAUUUAUCAAAAAUGGCGUACUUGCAACUCUUCAUUAAAGAAAUAUUGAGAAAAUAUCCAGCUUUGCCAGUGACGAUGAGAAGUUCGGAAAAAAUGCUACGAUUUGGUGAGGAAAUGAUUCCGAAAAAUUCCAUUUAUUUCAUCGAUAUAUUUCAUAUGCAGAGGAAUCCUGAAAUAUAUACGAAUCCAGAAGUCAUCGAUCCUGACAGAUUUCUUGAAGAGAAUUCUAAACGGAGACAUCCUUAUUCUUUCGUCCCAUUUUCGGCUGGAAUUAGAAAAUGUAUUGGUAAGGAUUUUAAUUUUUAA